AGUUUCUGCGCAUUCUUUUGUCGGAGCUCCGUCUGUGCAUCAAUGGCGUCUUCUUCUCUGUCGACCUUAGCCAGGCCUGUGUCAUCUUCUCUGAAUGCCAGAGACAUCAACGAUUCUAAGAUUUCACAAUCUAUCUCCACAAAUUUAUCCUCCAAAACUAAUGUUUCCAUCCAGUUUCUGGGCAAGAGGCAGCCUCCACUUCUCUCUUCAACCCCGAGGUUUCUCACUGUCAUCGCCAUGGCUCCGCCUAAACCCGGAGGCAAAGCCAAGAAAGUUGUCGGGAUGAUAAAGCUGGCUCUGGAGGCCGGGAAAGCAACUCCAGCGCCGCCGGUGGGCCCGGCGCUUGGUUCAAAGGGAGUGAACAUAAUGGCGUUCUGCAAGGAUUACAAUGCGAGAACUGCUGACAAAGCCGGUUACGUCAUUCCUGUCGAAAUUACCGUCUAUGAUGAUAAAAGCUUCACCUUUAUCCUCAAGACCCCUCCUGCUUCGGUUUUAUUGCUAAAGGCUGCAGGAGUGGAAAAGGGAUCGAAAGAUCCAAAGCAGGAGAAAGUCGGAAAGAUAACGGUAGAGCAGCUACGUACGAUUGCAACCGAGAAGCUGCCCGAUCUGAACUGCACGACUCUUGAAUCCGCGAUGAGAAUCAUUGCAGGAACUGCAGCUAAUAUGGGCAUAGACAUAGACCCUCCUGUUCUUGAACCCAAAAAGAAAGUAGUUUUGUAAAGCUACCAAUCUGUUUUCUUUAACUCGAAUGUGUAUUCCAUUUUGGACUCAAGAAGUGUAAUCUUCCACACAAUUGAGGUUCUACCUAGAAAUUCUUUCACGUGAA